UGGUUGAAUACUAUUCCGUUUUAAAAAUGAAAAACACUUGCUUUAUUAUUUUUGUUUUUUUCUUAAAUGGUGUGAUAUGUGGUCCAAAAGUGUAUCAAAAUCCAGAUGGAGCUUUUGAACCAAGCAACAGAUACUACGAAUCAAAUCUUCCCGACUACCGUUCCAAACAUCAAAAUUUUAGCAAACCAGAAAGGAAAGAGAGCAAGGAGUCACGAUUCGGUAUCAUUCCCAUAUCAACGACUUCUUAUGGGUCUAAUGGAAAUGGCGUACAAUAUGGAUCUGGAAACGUUGGUUAUACAAUCAGUCCCAUGAAAAUUGAUAUUGGAGGAGUGGCUCUUGGAGCAAUCCUGGGUCUUGGACUUGUGUUGAUUAUACCCAAGAUAGCAAAUAUUGUUGGAGGUGGAGGGGGAUACGGUGGAUACAGAAGUCUUGAAACCGAAAUGUCAUCCGUAACAGAUGUACUAGCAAGAAUUGAUAACUCUCUGGAACAACAUAAUAUAGACAGUUCAUCUUGUAUUCAAAGAACUAUAUGCUCCUAUGUAAAUAGUGCACAAAAAAAUAUUAAAAAUGGAGAAGCGACCGGUGUAGAUGAAUUUAUAACAUCUUUAUCUAACAACACACUUUUGUCAUAUAUGUUGGAUGGUACAGCUGUAAAGGAAGCCGCCGAAACAGGAAAAGCAAACGACGAAGAGCAAUGCAAUAAUAAAUAUCCUAAAUGUCCGUUAACAAAAGACAAUGUGUUAAAGGUCCUUGGAAGUUUGUUACCAGCCUAGACUUGUUGCUUCUACAUACUUCUAUUUAAUAGUAUUAAGUAAUCUCAGACCGUGAUUUGUUGUAUUAAUUUAAAUGUGUAAAUAUAUAUUUAUAGA